UUAUAUUCCUCCAACACUUAUAUUUGCUUCUUUGGUUUUGUUUCAAGCUAUCGUUUCAUCCUUUUCUCUCUCUCUCUCUCUCUCUCUCUCUAUACAAAGUACAAACCAUAUAUCUACAAUGGCGAAUGUACGCGAUGAGCAUGGGAACCCGGUUCAACUUACCGACGAACGUGGGAACCCUGUUCAACUCACCGACGAAUUCGGUAACCCCAUGCAGCUCACCGGUGUUGUUGGCACCACACCGUCCAACCUCCAUCCCACCCCACCUUCCAACCUCCACCCCACCGCCGUCACCACCACAGGAGAAAACGUUGCUCAAACGCAGCCCCCUCGAGAAAUCCAUGACGCCUCACCGCGUCGUUCGAGCAGUUCCAGCUCUAGCUCCUCGGAGGAUGAUGGACAAGGCGGGAGGAGAAGGAAGAAGAAAGGGUUGACACAGAAGAUAAAGGAGAAGUUAACCGGAAGUGGAAAACACAAGGAGGCGGGCACGACGGGGGAGCAUCACGAAAGCACCACCACCACCACGACGUCGGUCGAACAUCAUGAACCUGGGAAGAAGGGGGUCAUGGAGAAGAUCAAAGAGAAAUUACCUGGCCACCAUCAUUGAGACGACUCUACUCUCCAAUUAUAUCAUGGAGCCUUGUGUAGUAUAUAUAUGUUUGUGUUUUGUGUAACUUGUACUGUUUGUGUGUUUUUAUGAUUUUGGCUGUUGUGCUUUUACAGAUUUUAUACUUUUGGAUAUUUUGAUUUCCAAUUUGUGUAUCUUUGCAAGUUUGGGUUCUUUGUAAUCUCUUAGGGGUUUCAAUAAUUGUAGUUUAACUUCUCUUCUACAUAAAACUAAUAGCUAUGGACAGUACUGUAUAUAAGACAUUUUUAUUUGGUUAUUGAUUCGUGCGGGAGUUGCUGGGGCUUGGUCA